CGAAUAGCGAGAGGCACGAUAGGAUUAUAAGAUUACGGCGAGCGCGAAGGGGUAAAGCAUAUGCCUUUGUCAUCCGCUGUCAUUUGUUCGCCGCCACUUGCCUCGCCACGGCUGCUGGUCGAUCUAAUUUCAUAGUCGAGCACUGUUGUGACAAACGGAGUCUUAACAGCGUGUGGCGCUGAGCGAUAGCGGCUCGCUCUCUCUGUCUUUCUCCCUCCCGUGUUUUGUUGAUUGGUGUUUUCGUCGUUUUCACUCUUUUCUGGCGGAGCGAGGUGGAUUGUUACUUGUAACAAAAGCGAAGCACCCUCGCGCGCAUACAGCUGCUCACUUUACGCGCAUCUUUGGCUCGCGCCUCGUCUUGUUGCAUGGUGUUCCUGGGAGCCGACGCGAGUCAACCAAUGCAGAAAAGGGAGAAAAGUUUCGCGAGAUUGCCAAGACAACGCAUCGCGGCGACCAGCGCAUUAUAACUAUCCUGAGGGAGGUCCUCAAUUCAGACAGAGACACUCAAUUUACCACAGUUGAGAAAUCUCUCGGUGACCCUCUCAUUUAAAGUUCACAAUUUCUCACCCGCCUCCAAGAGCAGCAUAUACUUUAGGUGGAAUCUAUGGCUUUGACAGCUUCUCCUGCACAAGGUAUACAAAUGCUCUCUGUCCAGCCGGACACCAAGCCAAAGGGCUGUGCCGGCUGCAACCGGAAAAUCAAGGACCGCUACCUGCUGAAGGCCUUGGACAAGUACUGGCAUGAAGACUGCCUCAAGUGCGCCUGCUGCGACUGCCGACUCGGCGAGGUGGGCUCCACGCUGUACACCAAAGCCAACCUCAUCCUCUGUCGGAGGGACUAUCUACGGUUGUUCGGUGUGACAGGCAACUGUGCGGCUUGCAGCAAACUCAUCCCAGCAUUCGAGAUGGUCAUGAGAGCCAAGGAGAACGUCUAUCACCUGGACUGCUUUGCCUGCCAGCUGUGUAACCAGAGGUUCUGCGUCGGAGACAAGUUCUUCCUGAAGAACAACAUGAUCCUGUGCCAGACAGACUACGAGGAAGGACUGAUGAAGGAGGGCUACGCGCCACAGGUCCGCUGACCACCCCACGACCCCGCGGCUCGCAGGAGGGGAAAGAGCUGCGAGAGGACCUGAAAGGGACAUGCAAUCAGACACAAGAAGCACUAGUAUCCUCUCCAGCCCCUGUCCCCAUUACAUUGUAUAUACGAAGAGCCCACAUAAGGGACGGUGUACUGUACAGAUUAGCCAUAGAGAUGUUUUUGGUAAGUGGGAGAAUGUUCAAAGACGGACCAAGACUGCGGUUCAGUUUUAAUGACGCUGCCUGACGGCCUUAUGAAGACCAGACAUCUCAAUGGCCCAACUUUUGUGAACUUUUAACACACACAAACGUACAACCCCAAGUCCACAUCGCAAUUGCAUUUCACAUGCUUUACAGGGUGAAGACCACAUAGUAAAAAAAAAAAAAAAAUCCAGUAUUUAUUGGCGAAUGAGAAGAAAAGGAGCCAUGUCAACAUAAGAUCUCAGGUUGAAUGGGUUUCCUCAUUGUCAUUCCUAUUUUUCAUUUACAUUGUCUUAAUUCCGUUUCCAGCAAACAAGUUGGAUAAACACAUACAGCCAAUCAGAAGAUAUUUGUUGUUUAAUGUAGAGUUACAAGAACCAAUGAGAUUUCAUAGUGGGCGGAGCUACCAGCACAAUACUACAGAUAUAGAUGAAAUGUCCUGGCUGUUAAGGACAACUUCGCAAAAUGGCACGUUGUAAGACAUGGUGUUAGCUUUCUAACAGCUCUUUGAGUUUCGACAUCUUCAACAUCAAGUGGUGUGAUUUCAUUAGUGACAUAUUGAAAAACUUCUCGCUCCCUGUUUUAAACCUAAAAGACUCUAGCUUUCAAACGCGAACUCUUUGAACAUUUGGGUUUGGCACGUGUGUAAACAAUGGGUUUGUUACUUUCUUCACUGUAUUUAUUUAAUAGGCUUUUCGUCAUUGCGUGUAAUUCAAGGCUCUGUUCCUGACAUGUUUAUACCUGAACUGAAUCACCGCUCAGUCGCCAAGCAUCUCCUCUAGACGUGACGAAUGUCGCGUUGUAUUUAUUUGUGCGGCCCAUGUUGAUCAGCUGACAUAAUCCUCUAAACACAAUCAGGUCGCAUAAAUUGUAGGCAUUACUGGAGCACGUGAAUACCUGGUCCGAGGAUUUGCCUUUACCAGGUUUUGUUUACUAUCGACUCAAGGCGACAAACAAGCAUAAAUCACUACUGUAGCCUAUUACGUUGAUAAUUCUUUUAUGGGCUAUGAUUACCUUUGGAAACCAAGUGCAUAGCCUAGAGAAAAUAUGAGGACAAACUUAAAUUUGUAUAUGGUGGUUGUACAUAUUUUAAAAAAAAAUAUUCCUUUUUGCUUGCUAUUGUAUAUGGGUUUUCUUUUUAUGUGUUAUUCAGCAUGAGAUGUUUAUUUUUAGGAUGUGUACAUACUGUACUGUAAUCAUUUUAAGCACAAAUGUAAUACAGUUUUAUUGUGUUAGCACU